AAAAAAGAAAAAUGGACCAAGUUCAAGCUCGAGUGCAAAGUGCCAUCACUGAAGCGGUGAAUACGCUUGAUAAGGAGCAUUUGAGAAAAAUGCAGGCUGACAUGUACAAGUGCAGUGCAGCAUGUUGUGAGAAACCCUACUAUAGCAUGGACCAAGUGCAGAACUGUGUAGAGAAGUGCUCUGGUCCUAUCAACCAGGGCCAGAGAUUCAUGCAAACAGAGAUGCAGAAUUACCAGGACCGUUUGCAAAGAUGCGCCCUUGAUUGCCAAGAUACUAUACGUGAUAAGGUGGGCCCAAAUACAAGUGAGGCUGAAGUUGCAAAACACAAGAAGGACUUAGAGAAAUGUGUCGUUAAAUGUGCUGAUACACAUAUAGGAGCCAUACCAUCUAUGUUGACACGUAUGAGAGAUACUCUGAAAAAAUUGGAAUCUGCCAAUGCAAGCUGAAUGUUUGGGAUAUUUAGGAAAUUCUAGCGUAGGAAAUUAAUAAGAGUGAUUGAGUGAGUGGUGAUUUUAGCUGGAACUCUGACUUUAUUGGAUAUUUUCACCCUGAUUCAAUUGUAACAUAUUGCAUUAUCACUAGUUAUUAAGAGAAUAUCAUCUUAGAUAUCCAAUUUAAAGAAUCCCAUCAUUUUGUGUUCUAAUGAUGGAAAUUGUUUAUAGAAUGAAUAAUAGAUGGUGUGCAUGGUAGAUCAUAAAAAAUGUAUCCAAAUGGCUGAAUAGAUAAAUUGAAUAUAAACUACAUACUGUUUUAUGUCUCGAAUAUUUGAAGGUAACAUUCAUAAUAAAAAACAACCUUGAAUCAUGUUAUCACCUAAAAAUCUGGAAAAGCCCUUUACAAAAAAAAACUUCGGUACUAUGCAUGCAUCCCUUUUGAUUCGGGGCAAGAGAUUUGGUUGUAAAGAUGUGAUUAUGGUCGAAAUGACUGUUUGUUUCUGGUUUCAACUUAUACUCUCUUCAUCACAGACUAUAGUCUCUAGUAUCUCCAUUAUCAUGACAAAAGGAAAACCUGAAAUAAAC